AUGAUUGCUAACAUACAGACAGAUGGCGGCGGUAUACGAGGCUACGCUAGCCUGAUUAUCCUCCAACGUCUCAUGCACGAGAUCGCCGAAUGCGAAAAACGUUUGAUAGAAGAAGAGGGCCCGGUACCGGGUUCGGAAAGGAAGACGUUCAACGAAGAUGAGCUUUUACCAUGUCACUACUUCGAUUACAUGUACGGAACGAGCACAGGUGGCCUCAUAUCGGUAAUGCUGGCCCGGCUACGCAUGACAGUCCCCCAAUGUCUAGAGAUUUAUCGUCAAGUUGGAGACGAUCUAUUCGGACACCGCAGGAGUACGCUACCCUUGGCCACCAAGUAUCAUCAUAAGCCCCUGGAGAAAGCUGUACAGACGAUAGUCAGCCAGUAUUGCAAGCACCACGACACCUGCAAAGGGGAUGACUGGCACCCAUGGAACAUCGACGAGGCCAAGUCAGAGAGUAGCUCAUCGGCUUCUAGUAUAUCUGGUCACAACGACCGGAUUUGUCAAUCAAUCUGCCUUACUGCCACUCACUCUGGUAUGAUUGACGAGGCUUACUUGCUGCGAACAUAUGAUCAUCGCUAUGAUCCUGAUGUUGCUCCUGUCUGGGUAACGCCUUACAAUGAGGGCGCCGAUAAGCUUAAGAUAUGGCAAGUCACGCGUGCUACCUCAGCAGCGCCAUUCUUCUUCAAGAUGCUGGAAGCAGAUUUUGGUGAUAAGAACAAGACUGGGUUCAAAGAUGGAGGAAUUCGCGAAAACAACCCUUCCUAUGCUGCCUACAGCGAGCACGCCUCAUUAAAGGGCGAUGAGCGUGAACCAGCAUUGCUGCUAUCGAUCGGUACGGGAAGACCAAAUACCAAGAAUGACGGUUUUGCUUCCGUUUGGCCAGGCCCUUUUGGAAAAGUUCCGUUGUUGCAGAAGUGGUCCGAGAAGUUCGCAGUCUUUAAAAAUGUCUUGAUCAAGUACACUGAGGGUGAGGACCGUCAUAAGAUGAUGCGUACGAUCGCUCGUGGCGAACACCGCUGGUACAAGCGCCUGAACGUUGACGAAGGACUUCAAGACAUGCCGCUCGACGAAUGGGAAGAAGGUGUUUGGACUAACUCUGCUACCGGUAUCACUAAGAGAGUGCCUGGAGGAAAGUCUCUCUCCAAGAUGGAGGAAGUCACAAAAGCCUACCUGGACAGGAAGGUGGCUCACAAAGAGGCUCCGCUGCUGGAAUACGCGCCACCGAAAGUCAUGCUCCAGCAAGUCGCAGAAAGACUGGUCCGGCAUCGGCGUUUGAGGGAAGCCACGAAGCAAGAUGACCUCCGCCGUUGGCAGACGCACAUGGGUCAGUGGUUGACAGGCACUUUGAAAGAGGAGGAUGGCGUGGCAACCCCCAAAACUGGCAUCAAGCCAGACUCACGCAGGUCAAGCGCACAAUCGUCGUCGUCAACCCCACCGAAGCCCGCGCCCACAGAGGGCUCGACUCCAGUAGCUUUAUCUGAUUCGACGAAUCUCAAAAAGCCCGCGCCUGUUGGGAAGAGUCCAUUAGCUUUAUCUGAAUCACAGGAGAUGGACAGCCGCGCGAAGGGGCCGAGCCAGGAUGCACAAGCAAAUCCCGCGUCGACUGGGGGCACGACUCCUGUAGUUCCAUCCGAGUCACGACGUGCCGAUAGCCGUGUGGUUGUGCACCAGGAAGCACGUGCAAACAUACCAGCGAUUGUUACCUCUGAGCCUACUGAGCCCUCUAAUGCCAGCAAGCAGUGA